AUGGCCACUUCUUUACACUUACUCCCCUCUAUUCUCUUUGGUCUUUUGUUUUUCUCAACUCCAACUCUCUCUAGGAAUUUUAUUUUUUUGGAUGAUACACCUAUUGCACCUUCUCCUAGUGAUGACACAUCAACCUCAAUUAGCCCAUUAGGUUCAGGAGAUAUUACUAUUUCACCAUCUCCUCAGGAUUCACCGGUAAAUGUGCCAGUUAGCCCACCAUCUAUUAUUUCAUUCUCUCCUCAAGAUUCACCGGUAGAUGCGCCAGUUAGCCCACCAUCUACCGGAGAAAUUUCUAUUUCACCCUCUCCUCAAGAUUCACCUGUAGAUGCGCCAGUUAGCCCACCAUCUACAGGGGAAAUUACUAUUUCACCCUCUCCUCAAGAUUCACCGGUAGAUGCGCCAGUUAGCCCACCAUCUACGGGAGAAAUUACUAUUUCACCUUCUCCUGAGGAACAUAAACAUCAUCGUCCUCCAACUCUCUCUAGGAAUAUUAAUUUUUUGGAUGAUACACCAAUUGCACCUUCUCCUAGUGAUGAUACAACAACCUCAAUUAGCCCAUUAGGUUCCGGAGAUAUUAUUAUUUCACCAUCUCCUCAGGAUUCACCGAUAGAUGAACCAGUUAUCCCACCAUCUACCGGAGAAAUUACUAUUUCACCCUCUCCUCAAGAUUCACCAAUAGAUGCGCCAGUUGUCCCACCAUCUACCGGAGAAGAUCAAUCAACACCAACUCCUUCUCCUGAAGUUUCAAGUGAUGCUUUUCAAUAUUUAGAUGAUAGUCGUUUCUCUUUCUUAAUGUUGUAA